CUUUAAGCAUUGCACAAUAAAGAGGGGGUGACCACAUUUUAAGGGCAAAUCACUGGCAGUAAUAUGGCUCCAUUAGGAAUCAUCUUUAUCAUAUCAGCAUUGCUGGCUGGGACCCACGCUGCAGGACCGCAACCAUUAAGGGUGACAACGAUCAAUGAGGAACCAUAUGUGAUAUCUAAAGGCUCUGAGCAGGAAGGUUUCUGUAUUGACAUGCUUUCAGCCCUCUCUAAGAAACUGGACUUCAAAUAUGAUGUUCACAUGGUGAAGGACGGCCGAUAUGGCACAACCGAUGACAGUGGCAAAUGGAACGGUAUGAUAGGAGAGGUUGUCAGAGGGGAAGCCGACAUUGUCAUUGCACCGCUCACUCUUACAGCUAAACGUGAGGAAGCAGUGGACAUGACCAAACCUUACAUGCAGACUGGUAUUAGCUUCAUCUUGAGGAAGGGUCUGGCCUCUGAAGACUCACACUUUCUCAGUCUGCUCCACAUCUUCUCCACUGAGAUGUGGAUAGGUGUUCUGGUUGCUUACCUGUUGACCUCCGUCUGUAUCUUCUUGGUGGCACGGAUAAGCCCCUGUGAAUGGAAGCAACCAGAGAAAGAACAGAAUUCCUUCCCACUAUCACACAGUUUCUGGUAUACUGUGGGAGCGCUGACUCUUCAAGGUGCUGGUCCUCACCCCAAGGCCCUAUCAGGGCGGGUCAUUACCGCCAUCUGGUGGCUGUUUUCAUUAGUGGUGCUUGCCUGUUACUUUGCCAACCUCAGUUCAUGGAUGCAUUCAGACAAACAGCUGCCAAUCAAGAGUUUUGAAGACCUUGCCAAUCAAAACUUGAUCGAGUAUGGCACCAUUAAAGAUUCCUCCACUUUUGCCUUCUUCAAGAACUCCAACAACCCAACAUACCACAGAAUCUACGAGCACAUUAAGAAAGCCCAAAGCUAUUCACUCAGUACAGAAGAAGGCAUCCGCAAGGCACAGAAAGGCAACUAUGCAUUCAUCGGCGAGUCUGUGUUUCUGGAUCUGGCAGUGGCCAGGUACUGUAACUUGACACGGGCCCCAGAAAUCAUCAGCAUGAGGGGUUACAGCAUUGCUGCUCCUUUGGGUUCUCCUUUGAUAAAAAACCUGAGUGUUGCUAUUCUCCAACUGAGUGAGUCUGGUGAGCUGGAUUAUUUGCGCAGUAAGUGGUGGGUGAGCAGUUGUUUGGCUAAAAAUGGCAAGAGCUCUCCACUGAAGCCGGCCAGUCUGAAGGGCAUGUUCUUAAUUCUGGCGCUGGGUCUCGGACUGGGACUCUUCAUAGCGCUCAUGGAACUGGCCUCCAAAUCACGCAACAUCGCUAGCACUCAGCAGAAAUCCUGCUGCUCUGUGUUGUCAGCUGAACUCAGCCAGCGCUUCAGAGGUGGCAAGGUGAUGAAACCGGGAUCUUCUGACAAAAACAAAGGCUGAAUCUCAUCAAUGCACUGACACGUUCAUAUAAUGCUCAGUAUCUCCAUCACAAAGUUAUUUUACAACUUAUUCAAUUGGCUAAUACUCUUAGCAUUCUAUCUAUAGACACAUUUUUGUUUGUUAAACCUUGUAUAAGGUUUAGAUUGGUAAAUGAAUAAUACAUCAAUAAUUCAAUGAUACGUCAAUAACAUAGCAUUUUAUAUUCUUUGAGCACAACAGCACAAUUGCGAGUGUGAUUAUUGCUUUUAUUCAACAGUUCUAUAAUAACAAGUUAAUAUAGAGAUACUAAUAUUUUUAGAGUAAAUUUGUCCUGUUAGUUCUUUUUUAUUUUUCUCUGCCAAUAAAAAUAAUUCCAAAAGAAUCCCUAGCAUCAAGCUUUCCAUGUCACCACAGACAAGUGGAGUGAUACAAACCAUGAAAUGUCCCAGUGCUGUUAUACUAAAAAUUAGAGCUCUAGGAAAGCCACUUGUCCAAUCAAAUUAGAGGACUGGAACUAAGUGUUCCAUAAUACAAGAUUGCAGAAAAUUUAAAAAUGUUUGAAUUGGAGCAUAUUUAAAAUACACAAGAGUUUGAAAAAGCCCAGAAUUCUGACAAAGGUAUUAUAUUCAACCUGUUUAUUUCUGGUUUAUUGAGAUCACUUUUAAAAGCAGAACAAUUAAGUGAAAGCAUGCAGAUUUUUGAAUGCUGUCUUUCUGCAAUGACUGUAUCAGGGACAGAAAUAACAGGGGGUUGGGGGAAAAUGCCACCCAAAGUGCCCCUGAAAUUCGAGUUUUUCUGUAUUUCUUCAUAUUCUACUGUAUUCUAGGCCUAGGUAUGUAUAUGAUUGCAUAUAACAUAAGAUAUAAUUACUCAGAUAGAGAAUUUAUGUAAAUAUUUACUUUUAAUAUGAGUAGAAAACAAGUGCUAAUGUAAAAAAAAAAAAAUGCCCCUGAAAAUCAGAUCCAGGGGGCAAAUAUUGACAUUUAAUGGAAAAUAUAAUAUCUGGCUCUAGCCUAUUUUCCUGUUUGCAGUGUUCAUUUCUCACAUUUCAAUGUUUUGUAGACCCACUUUUGUCAUCUCAACACCUUUUGAGUUUUACCAGGUUCACAAACUGUUCAGGAUGUGAUUUUAGCCCCAUUCUUUAUUACAGAUUUCUUCCAGCUUAUUCAGGUUUGUGUGACUCAG